ACUAAUAAUGGGGAAGCUAGCUACGCAUUGUCAUGCAUGCAUUAAGAAACAAAUUCUUGUGAAGGACAUCCACAUUCAGGUUUCUGUUUGGAAACUGCUAAAGAUAGCUGAGGAGUAACGGAUAGAUAGUCAUUAAUACUAAAACAAGGCAUAUAUUUGUAUAAAUUAAAAAGCCGUAAGCCUGGAGCUUUUGCAAUUAAACGUAUUGAUCAAACCGCGUACGUAGGACCAGCCCUUAAGGCUACCAUGGCCAUUGCAGAAAGAUUUGAAGCAAAAUUAGCCAUUAUUGUCCUAGGGACGACCUUAGCGCUGCUCUCUUGCGUGGCCGCCGAAUCUACGGAUCACCGUCGUGGCCUUAGUGGCGCUGGUUCCAACGUUUUCGAUGUUACUUGUUAUGGUGCUAAGGCAGAUGGCCAUAAAGAUAAUGUACAGGCAUUCAUGAAGGCAUGGGUUGCAGCUUGUAAAUCUGGUGGUCCUGCUAAGCUUCUUAUUCCCAAAGGAACAUUUGUGACAGGGCCAGUCGUGUUUGCAGGGCCAUGCAAGGGCUUUAUGACUGUUGAAGUUCAAGGAACUAUUCAAGCAACCUCAGAUGUUUCUGAAUACAGUUCUCCCGAAUGGUUUUCCUUCGAAAACCUCAAUGGUUUGCUACUUACUGGCGGAGGAACUUUCGAUGGCCAAGGUGCCACUGUCUGGAAGUACAAUGACUGCAAACAAAACUCCAACUGCCAACUUCUCCCCUCUUCAAUCAAAUUCUACAGUGUGAACAACGCCGAGAUUUGUAGCAUCACUUCCCUCAAUAGCAAAGCGUUCCACACGCACGUCGUUAACUGCCAAAACUUCACCGCCCAUGACCUCAAUAUAAUUGCUCCAUCUAAUAGCCCCAAUACCGACGGUAUGCAUAUCAGCAGGUCCAGUCUUGUCACUGUAUCCAACACCAAAAUUGGAACAGGUGAUGAUUGCAUUUCCAUUGGACAAGGGACAACCCAUGUCACCAUCUCUAAUGUCACUUGUGGCCCCGGACAUGGCAUAAGUGUUGGCAGCCUUGGCAAGUACAAUAACGAGAAGGAUGUGAGCGGGAUUCGUGUGACUCAUUGCACAUUCAAUAGCACCACGAACGGUGUGAGGAUCAAAACCUGGCCUGGCUCACCUCCAAGCCAAGCUUCCGACAUCUCUUUCGAAGAUAUAAUUAUGGAUUCAGUUAAAAAUCCUAUUGUUAUAGAUCAGAAAUAUGGUUCGCAUAAGAGUGCGCCAUCCAAAGUAAAGAUUAGCAACGUUCGUUACAAGAACAUCAGGGGCACCUCAACUUCACCUGUCGCAGUGUCUCUAGGCUGCAGCUCACUGGUGCCUUGCACGGGUGUUCAGUUGACCGACAUCGAUUUGCAAUACAAGGCCAUUGGUGGGAAAGACAAAUCCAUUUCAUCCUCAUGCUUGAACGCAAAGAUUACUUGUGGGGGCAAACAGAAUCCAGCAGCUUGUGAUACUUAAUUUGGGGCACUCCGAUCCGGGAGACACAUUCCUUCCAAGUGCAUGCAUUAAUGAUCAUUAAGUUUCUCGAAGGAAAAAUAUUCUAUGUAACUACGGUAACAUACCCUGACACAUUAUACAAUAAAUUAUAGAACCUUUAACAGAUCAGUCGAUACUAGCAUUUUGAUCUCAAAUUUUGGUCGAGCAACUCGAUCAUCUUCUAUCGCUUGCUUUUCUUUGUUUCCAUGUUGGUGAUGAUCAUGAUGAGUAUUGAGGAAUAAUCUUAUAUUGUCUUACAUUGUCUAUGUAUAAGAUCUUAGACAUGUUUAUAAGGAAUAAACAAUCAUCUCUUAUAGAAUCAAUUUAAUAAUAUGAGUUAGACUCAUUAAUUUUUUCAUGGUAUCAGAGUCUGCCACAGGACAAAUAUGGGCCUACACUACUUACCCCGUGACAAAAACUAAAAAAAAAU